AUGGUGCUGAGGACACACAUGAUGGACACACAUGAUGGUGCUGAGGACACACAUGAUGGUGCUGAGGACACACAUGAUGGUGCUGAGGACACACAUGAUGGUUCUGAGGACACACAUGAUGGUGCUGAGGACACACAUGAUGGUGCUGAGGACACACAUGAUGGUUCUGAGGACACACAUGAUGGUGCUGAGGACACACAUGAUGGUGCUGAGGACACACAUGAUGGUGCUGAGGACACACAUGAUGGUGCUGAGGACACACAUGAUGGUUCUGAGGACACACAUGAUGGUGCUGAGGACACACAUGAUGGUGCUGAGGACACACAUGGUGGCGCUGAGGACACACAUGGUGGCGCUGAGGACACACAUGAUGGUGCUGAGGACACACAUGAUGGUGCUGAUGACACACAUGAUGGUGCUGAUGACACACAUGAUGGUGCUGAGGACACACAUGAUGGUGCUGAAGACACACAUGAUGGUGCUGAGGACACACAUGAUGGUGCUGAGGACACAAUUGAUGGUGCUGAGGACACACAUGAUGGUGCUGAGGACACACAUGAUGGUACUGAGGACACACAUGAUAUUGCUGAGGACACACAUGAUGGUGCUGAGGACACACAUGAUGGUGCUGAGGACACACAUGAUGGUACUGAGGACACACAUGAUGGUACUGAGGACACACAUGAUGGUGCUGAGGACACACAUGAUGGUACUGAGGACACACAUGAUGGUACUGAGGACACACAUGAUGGUUCUGAGGACACACAUGAUGGUGCUGAUGACACACAUGAUGGUGCUGAUGACACACAUGAUGGUGCUGAGGACACACAUGAUGGUGCUGAGGACACACAUGAUGGUGGUGCUGAUGACACACAUGAUGGUGCUGAUGACACACAUGAUGGUGCUGAGGACACACAUGAUGGUGCUGAGGACACACAUGAUGGUGCUGAGGACACACAUGAUGGUGCUGAUGACACACAUGAUGGUGCUGAGGACACACAUGAUGGUGCUGAGGACACACAUGAUGGUGCUGAGGACACACAUGAUGGUGCUGAGGACACACAUGAUGGUGCUGAGGACACACAUGAUGGUACUGAGGACACACAUGAUGGUUCUGAGGACACACAUGAUGGUGCUGAUGACACACAUGAUGGUGCUGAGGACACACAUGAUGGUGCUGAGGACACACAUGAUGGUGCUGAGGACACACAUGAUGGUGCUGAGGACACACAUGAUGGUGCUGAGGACACACAUGAUGGUGCUGAUGACACACAUGAUGGUGCUGAGGACACACAUGAUGGUGCUGAUGACACACAUGAUGGUGCUGAGGACACACAUGAUGGUGCUGAGGACACACAUGAUGGUGCUGAGGACACACAUGGUGGUGCUGAGGACACACAUGAUGGUGCUGAGGACACACAUGGUGGUGCUGAGGACACACAUGGUGGUGCUGAGGACACACAUGAUGGUGCUGAGGACACACAUGAUGGUGCUGAGGACACACAUGAUGGUACUGAGGACACACAUGGUGGUACUGAGGACACACAUGGUGGUACUGAGGACACACAUGAUAUUGCUGAGGACACACAUGAUGGUGCUGAGGACACACAUGAUGGUGCUGAGGACACACAUGAUGGUACUGAGGACACACAUGAUGGUACUGAGGACACACAUGAUGGUGCUGAGGACACACAUGAUGGUACUGAGGACACACAUGAUGGUACUGAGGACACACAUGAUGGUUCUGAGGACACACAUGAUGGUGCUGAUGACACACAUGAUGGUGCUGAUGACACACAUGAUGGUGCUGAGGACACACAUGAUGGUGCUGAGGACACACAUGAUGGUGCUGAUGACACACAUGAUGGUGCUGAUGACACACAUGAUGGUGCUGAGGACACACAUGAUGGUGCUGAGGACACACAUGAUGGUGCUGAGGACACACAUGAUGGUGCUGAUGACACACAUGAUGGUGCUGAGGACACACAUGAUGGUGCUGAGGACACACAUGAUGGUGCUGAGGACACACAUGAUGGUGCUGAGGACACACAUGAUGGUGCUGAGGACACACAUGAUGGUACUGAGGACACACAUGAUGGUUCUGAGGACACACAUGAUGGUGCUGAUGACACACAUGAUGGUGCUGAGGACACACAUGAUGGUGCUGAGGACACACAUGAUGGUGCUGAGGACACACAUGAUGGUGCUGAGGACACACAUGAUGGUGCUGAGGACACACAUGAUGGUGCUGAUGACACACAAGAUGGUGCUGAGGACACACAAGAUGGUGCUGAUGACACACAUGAUGGUGCUGAGGACACACAUGAUGGUGCUGAGGACACACAUGAUGGUGCUGAGGACACACAUGGUGGUGCUGAGGACACACAUGAUGGUGCUGAGGACACACAUGGUGGUGCUGAGGACACACAUGGUGGUGCUGAGGACACACAUGAUGGUGCUGAGGACACACAUGAUGGUGCUGAGGACACACAUGAUGAACACCAGGACGCCCUACGAAACUCCAACCUGAUCAUCACUCCUAACCGUCGCUACUUGGCUGAACGAACCAUCUUCGUCAGCCACACGAGUGUCUACAUCGCCACCCAGGACCCUGGUACCAUACUUGAUAGUAUCAACACCAGAAACCCGGCUCUGACUGCUGCUACAGUCAAGGUCAUCAAGAACGACGACAACCCUAGGCCUACUCUCAAGGUCACCUUCACAACAGCUGCUGCAGCGACCCAAGCUGUGGAAAAUGGAUUUAGAUGUCUGGAUAUUUCCAUCACACCUGACACUGUAAAGAAGGAACGUUACUACAACAUUCGCCAGUGCUUUAAGUGCUACAACCGGGGAUGGACGAAAAGGAAAGCAAAACGUCGGCAAGUGGAAUCAGAAUCAGAUUCAGAACCAGAACCAGCACCAGAGUUCCUAGAAGCACCACUGCUUCCAUCUGCCUCGGCUGAGACCGUCACAUAUGAGGCCCCAGACUUCGACCUAAACCCAAGCAAAUCAAGCAAGAAAAAGCCCUACUAUGGACUUUACCUCAAUCACGGUGGCACUUUCAACGGCAAUCGAAGCACAAGAAUGGUCAUUGCCUUAGAUUGCAACAGGAUCAUCAACCAGCUCAAGACCUGCAUUCCUUACCCUGUGUUUGUCCACCACGAGACCGUGGAACAUUAUGUAGACCUCUGCGCUCUGGAGAGUGAAUACAUCGACCCUAAAUUCGACUUCAAGAGGGGACAAGUGACCUUCCUGGAAGAAGAUGAAGACCCGACAGGAAUACCAAUACCACCGCUGUCAUUUGGGAAGUACAUGCGAAUACCUCGUGGCCAAGACACCACCAAGCAACAGUGA